GAUGUUUCUGCCAAAACUGCGCAGAGUAUCAUUAUCGCGUGGAGGCUGUCGGACAGACACACUCACAUAGGACAGGAAAGCAGUCGGACAGGCAUCCACCACCAUAGGCUUGGUUUUGGCUGGACUUGGGGUAGCUGAAAGCUGGCUGCCAUGUCAGCGGUGUGGGACACUGACUAUCUCUGGAGAGAGGCACAAGGGGCGAAGCUGGCCUCUCUCUUUAGCCUGGACCAGGCUGAGAGUCAGGGCAACGAGUCCUUCCAGUUCACCGCCCCUAAGCAGCCAAAGAGGAACACUUCCACCUCCACUGCAGGUCCUCCCCCUCAGAAGCCAGCAACUCCUCCUCCAUCUGCCCCAGCAGUUCUGUUUGCCACUGCUGUCCACGCAUUCCGCUUUGUGAAUGGCCAGUACGUGAAGCAGGGCAAAGUUGGUGCUGCCGUCUUGGGUAACCAUGGAAAUAAAGAGUAUAAGAUCCUGAUCUAUGGUAGCCAGCAGAAACCGAUAACGACUGCCAGGAUCCAUCCUGGGUUUGUCCUAACCGUUCAGCCUGGGAAUUAUGCCACUUUCUACGAUGACCAGAGACAGAAUUGGUCAUUGAUGUUUGACUCUGUAAAAGUCAGCUCAGACUUCUGUAAAGAGGUAUGUUUGGCAAAGAGGAACAGUGACCCAUCUCAGGACAAGCUGGUGGUCCAGGACCUGGUCUUAGGCGAGGGACAGGCAGUGGACACUGGAGACACCCUGCAGAUUGUCUUCACAGGAUGGCUCCUUCACAACUACACCAUUGGAGAGACAUUCAAAUCCAACUCCACGACAGGUCAAGACCAGUUCCAUCGCGUGAAACUGGGGCCGGGCAAAGAACCCAAAGGUUGGGAGGGGGGCUUGCUGGGGAUGCAGAGAGGUGGCCGGCGACUCCUGGUCAUCCCACCUAGUAAAACCGCUGGACCCAAAGGCAUUCUAAACGAUGUACCUCCAUCCAAUACCCUGGUUCUGGAUGUAGAAAUCCAGCAGGUUCGGUUUUCUGUUGAAGGGGCAUCCGAAUGUCUGGACCAAGAAUCUCUGGAUUCUUCACCCUCUGCGUCUGUGGCUAGUUCUAGCUCUGAAGCAGCUCAGCCUGAACACAGGGACCAGCAAACCAAAUCCAAUUCUCCAAAUGAGAAACUGAAGAGCAAAGACUCCGCCAAGGCCAAACUGAUCUCCCGCAUGGCGAAGAUGGGCCAGCCCAUGCUGCCAUUUCUGCGCGGCGCCAUUCCAGCUCAGCCUGACGCCAGCGACUCUGACACUGAGGACAUGUGUGACUCUGGAAGAAGACAUCAUUCUACGCCUCCCACUACCCCUGGCUCCCCCUCACUACCCUCCUCCACCUCGGCGUCAGAAACACCUCCACCUGAACCAGUUUCAGCACCUUCCCAGCAAGUUGUUGCCCGACAACCUGAGACCAUGGCACAACCUGUGGAGCCCAUAUCAAUGCAAACGUUUAUGCCCUACCCUACUGUGCUGACGUCUUCUCAUAUUCAGCCCAUUGGGUUUCAUACUGUGGCUUACCAAGCUCCUGAUGUCUCGUCCUUAUUGAUGAGUGACGUGCGACAGUUCAGUACUGAGAUGCGGUUGGAUGUUGGAAAGGUGGCUGACAAAUUGGAACAGUUAAGUGCCAAGGUGGACAAGCUGCAGAAUCAGGAGAUUUCCUUUGGUGGACCUUCUGUAUCCAUGGAAACAACCAUGAUCAUGCACAGCAUCCAAAGAAUCAUUCAGGAGAACUCGGUGCUUAAGAAGGAGCUAUAUGAGAAAAGCACCCGGAUAGACGAGCAGAACCGCAAGAUCGGGGAGUUGAUGGAACAGAACCAAAGGUACGUACAUAAAAGCAGUCUGAUGCUGGAACAGAAUAGCAAUUCCCUUCAGCUCAGUGGUCAGCUGACCCAGACACGUCUCCUGAUGGCAGAACAGGACAAGGUUCGUCUGGUGGAGGAGCUGUCUGCCUCCUCUGCCCUGGUGUGCCAGCUGCAGCAAGAGACCUCGAGCCUCCAGCAGAGGGCAGCAGAGCUCCAGGCCAAACUCAACGCAUCUCUUCAGAGCACCAAGCACCAGACCACUCAAAUCUCCUCCCUGGAGGAAGCAGUGGAAGAAUUGAAAGCCAGCAGGGAACAGACUCACACUCAGUGGCGUGGAGAGAAACAGAAAUGCAGAGAGCUGCAGCUCCAAGUCAACAACAUGGAGGAGGAGCUAGAAGACCUCAAAACAGACAAGCAAACCCUAGACCAGGUGCUGUCGGACAGGAAGAGGAAGUGGCAGGCGGAGCGGGGGCGGCUGCUGGCGGAACUGGAGGAGACGCGUCAAAACAGCCAGCAAGAGAGUGACCAGCUCCGGGCCCAGCUCAGGAGAACCAGAAGCGCUCCGCAGAACUGCAGCACAGAGCAGGUCCAGGCUGAGCUGGAGGUGGCGUGGCAGCGGCGGUGUGACGCGUCUCUGGCCUCGGCACGGGAGGUGCACCAGCGCGCUCUGUCUGAGCUGAUGGAGCAGAGGGACAUGAUGGAGGAAACCGUGUCCCAGCUGCACGACCAGAUAUCUGAGGUCCAAAGAAGAGCGAGAUCAGAGAAAAAGAAUCUAGAGAUUCGAUUGGCUGAGUUAGAGCAGAAGCUGUUUGAACAGACCAAUGAGGAGGCAACUGCCACACAGCUUAAGCAGGUGAUGAACAGGGUGUUCCACUCACUGAAAGAGGAGUUUGACCUGCAGCAGACCUACACUGGAAGCACCAUCCUAAAGCUUGCUUUCAAGACCAUCAAGAGUGUUACACUGCACUUCCUAGCUGACCUGAAUGACAUCCCAGCAGAGGCAGAUGAUGAAAGAGAGGAAGGGGAUGAAGAGGAGGAGGAGGAAGGUGAAGCAUGCCCUGGAGAGUCACUGCAGGACAGAAAGACAGAUGGACAGGUGGUGAGACCGGAGAAGGCUAAAAAAGCCGAUGUGGGGGAGAUAAAUUCAGCAAACACAAAUGUGCAAGCAGAGAAGUCCAAUUAGGAGACUACUGAGGGCUACCGAGGGCUCCCCCAAUGGGGUGCUAGAGUCUCAGGAAUCCUCAAGCUCCGGGGAGGUGCACUUGGACACCCAGACAACCCCAGCAGAGGAGUCCUCUCCCUCUGCCCAAACACAACACGGAGCUCAUUAACAGGAUAAUCAGUGGUAAGCAAUUAUGAACGUUAGGUGACCCUAAAACACUUCAUCAAAAACUUGGUCACCAUUUAUUUGGAGGUCAUGAGAAAUUCCUCCAGAGGAUGAGGAAUAACUGUAUUAAAAUAGCUAUUAUGAAACAGACCAGCAACCUUUUUUUUAAUUUUAGGAAUCAGAACCUAUAAAAAAAACUAAAUAGAAUCUAUGAUGAAUUAAAUGUAAAUUAAUAUGUAACCUCAGGGCAAUUUUUUUUUUUUUUUACUAAACUAACUUGUCAUUGUAAAUGUU